AUGCCGGACCCACCGGAGAGAGACGUCUUUGAUGAUCUACCAAUAGAGGCCAUCGAAGCUGCCGAUGAGUUGAUCGCAGAGUACCUCGAAUCCUGCGAACACAAGGAGAAGGAAAGUCCACCUGCUUCUUUCUUGAAGGGAGAGUACCAGUCGCCGACUGGCAUCCUUACAUCGCCCAUGAAGAGCACCCGUUUUUCGGACGCUGUGCUGGAACACUGCAUCCCACAAGGUGUUGGCGAUAACAGAAAGACCCAGCCGAAGAUUAGCGGUGAAAAAGCAGUCAAAAAGGGGGUAUCGAGCGAUCCAAAAAGAAAGCUUCCACCCAGAGAACCAACUGGUGUUUCCCCCGCUUCUACCGCAUCCUCCAGUCCCCCAUCCAAGCGUUCAUCGGUCCCUCAGGGUGACGGAUAUGUACAGAACGGAACUGCCUUUCGAAAAGGGGCACGUGUGAAGAAGCCCAUUCCACAAGACGCUGUUAUCCUCUCCAUCGAUAGUGAUAGUGACAGUGACGCAGAAACCGAAGACAACAAGAUGCCUUCUUUCCAGGACGAUCGAAAACCCGAGGCCGUGAAGUCAGGAGUGACAGUCAAAAAAGAAGAAGAAACGGUGUACUACAAAGUCGGUAAUACCCUUAUUGCCUCUGGACCAGAAUACAGGGACUCUCACCUCGAGGCCAUCAAGAAACAAUCCAGAGCUGCAGCGAGGGCUAUGAUGGAAGAGAACUGCAUGCCGAAGCCUCCUCCACCCGAAGGAUGCUCUUUUUUAGAUGCUGCGAGACACCAGACGCUUGGCCGUACUGCAGAGAGUGCUGCUGUUGUCUCCAGGACUACUGCCAAGAAUGUUGUGAAUGUGGACUGCCAUGGUGUGCCGCCUGCCAUGAAGAACCUGUCUUCUGCGAAUGUCAAUCAUCUUACUGCCCGUGUUGCUCCAACAAUGGCCUGUAACUUGAAGCCUGCCGGAAGGACUAGACGCAUGUCAAAACGUCCUGUCCAGGCGGAUACCGCUUCCUCCUCUAGUGAGAGUGAGAGCGACUCAGAAUCAGACGAGUCCAUAGAGCUGACAGAAGAAGAGCAAGAAAGGUUUGACAAGCUCGGGGCUUAUGGCAGGCAGGUCUACCUUGGCAAAAUCAGAGAGUCUAGACGCCUGCGUGAGGCUGGUUCCAAGUUGAAAGACAGAUUUGCUAUUUACAGUAAAGCCCCUACCUACAACGGUGCCUCAAAAGAGAACAAAGCACCCCACAACUACCUUCACGCCAAAAAGAAAGAGUGGAAAAAGAAAGAGGCUGAAUCAAAAGCGCGAAAGAUGCUGGCCGACGAGGAGAAGAAGAAGAAAAAGAAGAAGACAAAGCCUCGUCGCUCUAAAUCUGAUGGUCCCACAAGAAAAGUGGGAGACUUCCCUGAAUACUGGGGCUCUGAUAGCGUGUUUCUUGCCAGAGCCAAUGGCACUGCUGGUGUUGCCGGUAUCCACUCUGCCUUGUCCGAAGGUCAGAAGAACCAGCCAGAUACAGGAUUCCUGCAUUGA